AAUCCCCUUGAGAUACUGCAAUCUGAUUGGAGAUCGAGGCUACUCAGCUGUAAUUUAUAGUAUUAUAUCUAUGGCUGGGCUAUAAUAAUUAUAAUAAAGCAAGUACCGUAUAGCUAGCUAUAGUGAGUGCAGUGGCCAGCAAAUUAUACAGAAGUACGUAUCAGCGUGUGGGUAAUCUGUCAUGGAACUCUUUCCUACUGUGUUGUUGUUUUCUGUUACUGCUGUGGUCAAUGCUCAAACUCAACAAGGUUCGUCUCUAUUAGGUACCCAAUUUACUGUUCAACAGUCCUCAAAUGAUUUGGUGGUAUCCGCUCGUCUAAUCUCAACUAACAUCUCUAUACAACGUGACGCAAUAUUCCCUGGGGUAUAUCUCCCUAGCACUUGUGGUGAUCGAUUGUGGCGAUGUCGUGUUACCCUAAUCAAAAACGCUCCAAACAACAGAGAAGUGGCUAUAGUCCCCCAUUCAGCCGGAAUUGCUCUGGCACUAUUUGCUGGCAUAAACAGUGAUAGGCUGACCCUAAUAGACCAGUUCAUACUUGGCCCGCAAGAAGAGGUCAACUGUAGCUUCACCUCUAUCGCAAAAAGCCCAUCAGACGAUGGACGUGUGGUAUCGUGUGUUCGCUUCACUCCACUUGCUCAUUUUAAAGUAGAUUUAUGGUUGUUCAAAGUUCACAUCGACUUUGAGGAUUUGAACCAGUCGUCCCUAUCGCUGCUGAACGACAAUAUUGACACCCCGUAUCAAUCGUACUCUACUGGCCUCUCUCCGAUAUUCUUCUCUAGUGUUGAUUUAGUUAGUGACAGUCAUGUGAUCUGGUUUGACGAUGACGUCUUAUUCACUGUUCUACCCGGUUAUGGUAAUUCAUUCUCAUCGGCUGAACAUUUUUAUGCUGACACCAACAGGAGUGUAUGCUUUGGAAACAAUGUGACGGACGUGAGGCAAUCGAGAAACUUAAAUAAUCUGCUAGUGUAUUGCUCAGACAACAAUCUAAUCAACAUCAGCGUGAUAUAUCGUGGGGGAAUGAGAGUCGGCUUUAAGCGAACUCAAACAAGGUUUCACUGCCCUCAAGGUGUUUAUAUUGAGCAACGAAGUGAAACUUUAGCGCUGGUAUCGCCCGGACUGUUAGAUCAUGUGAUCCCUCAUCCAUUGAACUUGUCGGAGAGAUACGUCGGUGACUGUGCAACGAUUGAAGAUGCCACGUAUUUUAUCGGUACUUCGAGAGACGGUAGCAUUGCACUCACAAACCUUCUGGACAACCAAACAAUCAUUCUCGCUGACGAUGCGCAAAUCAAUCACCAGCUGAUUGAUGGUCAUGUGUUACUGUUCAGUAAUUCAACUGUUUCUGUCGUCCAAGACCUUGCUUGCCACUCACAGCAAUUCAGUAGCAACCAAACAUAUCUUCUGGCCACAUUCGAGUUGAAUCCUGACUUCUUAUGUCCAGAAUCAACUAUCCCUCAAGAAAAGCCGACCAAUGAGACGUCUUCUCCACCGGGUGAUUCGAUCGAUCCUCGUCAACAACAACUCAUCCUUGGCCUUUUAAUUGGAUUGGGUUUACCUACAUGUAUUGUCAUGACUGUCGUCUUCAUUGCAGUUUGCUUGUGCUUGUGCUAUUGGGUGAAGUCUAGAAAUAAGGCUCUUAGCCAACGUCCGCUUAUAGCACAGGCGACUCAGAGGAGUGAAAACCAAGGCAAUAAAAUGACAGACCUACAUCGCUCGCUCUCUGAGUCGAGUUCAGCGGUAAAUCACUCUACUGUCGUCCAAGGGUCAGCACCAGAGUUGUCCUGCAGACAACAAACUCUUGUAAACAAUGAUCUUCAUCAUCCUCGUGGGACAUCCACUUCUUCAUUAGGACACAGGAGUCUUACACCUGACAAUGAUGUCUGUACCUCGUGAAACCAGCAUAAUAGAAUUUCUUAUUUAUUUGUGUGCAUGUGCAUUUUCAAUAUAAAUUUUUUCUUUAUGUGUA